CCUGCUACAAUAUCGCUUGUUUUCAAUAUUUCAGAGAGUUCAGGAGCUUGUUUGUGUCUCUCUAGUAGACAUGGGUGUGGACAUGGUGGAGUUCCUCAAGGAUAAAGAUAUCUUAGUGGUUGGAGGCACAGGUUUCUUGGGCAAAGUGUUCAUAGAGAAAAUCCUUAGAGUGCAAGGUGAUGUGGGGCACAUUUUCACUCUGGUAAGGGCAAUUGAUUUACAGUCUGCCCAAGCCAAGCUAGAAAAAGAGGUGUUUUGCUCGGACCUUUUUGAGUCCCUUAGAGAACGUUACAGGGAUGGAUAUAGCAGAUUCAUGGAGCAAAAAGUGAUCCCUGUUGUUGGAGAUGUUAUAAGUGAUGAUCUGGGGAUGCAGGAAAAAACUAGAGAAGAGCUCUCCAAAAGAGUUGAUAUAAUAGUUAAUACUGCAGCCACUACAAGCUUUUAUGAAAGGUAUGAUGUUGCCUUGAAUGUGAAUACUAUGGGAGCUGCUAAUGUUGUGAGAUUUGGAAAAAGCUGCCCUAAAUUACAGAUUCUCUGUCAUGUCUCAACUGCCUAUGUUAACGUUGGAAGAUCAGGGAUAAUCAGAGAGGAAGCACUUACAAGUGCAGAGGCGCCGUCCAAGACAGGUGGAACCAUGCCUUCGCCAUGGGACGUUGAAUGUGAACGUGAAUUAAUAAGAAAAACUCUCGAAGAAAUUAGAACCCUAAAUUCCACACAAGACAAGAUAGAGAAACGUCAAAUGAAAGAGCUUGCAGAGCAAAGAGCAAGAGAAUUUGGCUGGCCAAAUGCUUACGUUUUCACAAAAGCAAUGGCAGAGGUGAUGGUGGAUCAUCUCAGAGGUGAUAUCCCAGUAGUGAUUGUGCGCCCCAGCAUAAUUGAAAGCACUUUGUCAGAGCCCUUUCCAGGGUGGAUUGAAGGACAAAGGAUGGUUGAUCCACUGUUUAUUGCAUACGGGAAGGGGCAACUAUCAAGGUUCCCAGCAGCUCCCAACUUGAUAGUAGAUAUGAUUCCAGUAGAUAUGGUGGCAAAUGGAAUGAUAUCCUGCCUUAGAAGACAUGCUUCAAACCCAGGUCUCUAUAUAUAUCAUCUCACCACUUCAGUACAAAAUCCCUUGCUCUACUUCACUGGUAUCAAGGCUGCCUACGAAUACUUCAAAUUGAAUCCAUGCAAAGAUAAGAAGGGUCAAAAAAUAAUAAACAUAAAAAAGGCCAAGGCCUUGCACAAUAUGGAGAUCUUCAGACGGUACAUGACCCUUCAUUACAAGAUCCCACUACAGAUACUGCAUGUUGUUGACUUGCUGCUGUGUGGCUUUAAGAGGAAGCAGUACAACCGCCUGCUUAGGACUUAUAACUUUGUAAUGAAGCUUGCACAACUGUACGAGCCCUUCAUCUUUUUCGAAGGAAGAUUUGACAAUGCAAACACCAGGCGUUUAUGGGAAGAACUAUCCAAAGAAGAUGCAGAAAAGUUUAAGUUUGAUGUGAAAUGCAUAGAGUGGACCGAUUAUCUCUAUCAUGUUCAUAUUCCAGGACUCAUGAAACACGUCAGCUCCUAGAUUAUUAUGUUAGGAAUUAUAUCUUAUGCAUUGCUUUCAUAAAGCAUUACAUUUAAUAUUUAACAAUUUUAUUUAUAUUAUGAAGCAAUAAAUAGCCGUUUCAUUUUUAA